CUAAGAAUAUGAGAUUGCAUUUAUCUACACGCUCUUGCACUGAUAGAGACACAUAAUCUUUUUCUGUAUUGAUAAGCAAAGUCAAAGAUGGAAAACUUGGACAAGUGAUCGAUGAAACUGCUGACGUUGAAAUCCCGCUUGAAUUCUUGAUGCUUGACACAAGUUACCCCCUCAAGAGCCAAAAAAAUGUUCAAAAAAAAGAAAAAGAGAUCUUUAGACCAAAUAGAGGGCUGAACCAAACAACAAAAAAAUAGAGGGACGCAAUGGAGCUCCAACUCCUACUAUUCCUUCUCCUAAUUCAGUUGCAUCUCCGCCACUCCGCCGCCGCCAGAGAACCAUCCAGCCAAUCCGAGCUCGCUGCCUUGCUGUCAGUAAAGGCGGCGUUCACUGAAGAUUCUCAGGCCUCUCUCGCCUCAUGGAACGCCUCCUCCACCGACCCCUGCACCUGGAGCGGGGUCACGUGCGACUCGCUUCGCCACGUGGCUUCUCUGGACCUCACCAACUUCAAUCUCAGCGGCUUCCUCUCCCCGGAAGUCGGCCGCCUUCGUUCCCUCGUCAACUUGUCUGUGGCAUUCAAUCAGAUCUCCGGCCCCAUUCCGGCGAAAAUAUCCGCCAUAGGUUAUCUCCAAUCCCUGAAUCUGUCGAACAAUAACUUCAGUUCCGUCUUCCCUCUGCGGCUUGUUCGACUCAGUCGUCUUCGCGUUCUUGACCUCUACAACAACAAUUUGACCGGCAAUCUGCCGGUUGAAAUCUACCGGAUGAGGCGUCUCCGUCACCUCAACCUCGGCGGCAACUAUUUCACAGGCAAUUUUCCUCCGGAAUACGGGAUGCUCAGAGAUCUGGAGCAUCUCGCGGUUUCAGGAAACGGUCUGACCGGCAUAAUACCUCCAGAGAUCGGAAAUUUGACGAAACUUAAAGAGCUCUAUAUUGGCUACUUCAACUCUUUCUCAGGCGGCAUACCGCCGGAAAUAGGGAGAUUGUCUCAGCUCGUAGGCCUUGAUGCCGCUUACUGUGGACUUAGUGGAGAGAUUCCACCUGAGAUUGGGAAACUGGAGAACCUGGAGUCGCUAUUCAUUCAAAGGAACGAUCUUACAGGGUCACUACCGCCGGAGCUAGGGCAACUGAAGAGCUUGAAGUCAAUGGAUCUAUCAAACAAUAACUUCACCGGUGAGAUUCCGGCAACAUUUGGAAAGUUAAAGAAUCUCACUCUUCUGGACGCCUUCCGGAACAAUCUUCGCGGCUUGAUACCGGACUCCAUUGGGGAUUUGCCUGAACUUGAGGUGUUGCAGCUGUGGGAAAAUACCUUAACAGGUAACAUUCCACAGCAGUUGGGGAAGAAUGGUAAACUUCAACUUCUUGAUGUAAGUACCAACAAGUUGACAGGAAAUAUACCCCCAUUCUUGUGCAAGGGAAACAAAUUUCACACCCUAAUUACUCUGAACAAUUUAUUGUCCGGCCCGAUCCCAGAAUCUUUAGCCCAAUGCGAGUCGCUAACCCGAAUUCGCGUGAACAAUAACUAUCUCAAUGGGUCAAUUCCUGAAGGGAUUUUCAAUCUAGAUAAACUGUCACAAGUUGAUCUCCAAGACAAUAUGCUCUCCGGCACUUUUCCGGAGACAAACUCUUCAUCGUCUAGUAUAGGAGAGAUAAGCCUUUCCAAUAACAAUUUGACUGGGCCAUUGCCAUCAAGCAUUGGAAAAUUUGCAGCUUUGCAGAAACUUCUUUUAGAUGGGAAUGCAUUUUCAGGUCACAUCCCCUCAGAGAUAGGGAAACUACAACAGCUAUCAAAGAUGGAUUUUAGCCGCAAUAAUUUUUCCGGUGUGAUUGCACCUGAAAUUAGCCGGUGCAAGUCUCUGUCUUUUAUUGAUCUUAGCGCGAACCAAUUUUCAGGUGAGAUUCCUACUGAGAUUACGGGUAUGAAGAUAUUAAACUAUCUAAAUCUGUCCCGGAAUCACCUUAGUGGGAGCAUUCCAGCUUUAGUUGCCAAAAUGGAGAGUUUAACCUCUGUUGAUUUCUCCUAUAACAAUUUAUCUGGAUUGGUUCCCAAUACCGGCCCGUUCAAUUCUUUCAAUCACUCCUCAUUUCAGGGGAAUCCAAAUCUCUGUGGCCCGUACUUAGGGACUUGCAAAGACAAGUCCAGUCAAACUCAUCAGAAGAGGGGACUCACAUCAUCUAUGAAGCUUUUACUCGUUGCCGGAUUGCUUGCAUGCUCAAUUGUUUUUGCUGUUGUAGCAAUUCUCAAAGCCCGUUCUUUAAAGAAAGCAAGCGAUGCUCGUGCAUGGAAACUCGCUGCUUUCCAGCGCUUGGGCUUUACCUGUGACGAUGUCGUAGAAUGCUUGAAGCCAGAAAACAUCAUUGGGAAGGGAGGUGCAGGUAUAGUCUACAAGGGAGUGAUGCCGAAUGGAGAAAACGUGGCCGUGAAAAGGCUACCCGUUAUGAGCCGCGGAUCUUCACACGAUCAUGGCUUCAAUGCAGAAGUACAGACUCUGGGUAGGAUCAGACAUAGGUACAUCGUGAGAUUACUUGGCUUUUGCUCAAACCAUGAAACAAACCUUUUGAUUUAUGAGUACAUGCCGAAUGGGAGUCUAGGCGAAAUGCUUCAUGGAAGUAAAGGUGGCCAUUUGAUGUGGGAUACGCGGUAUAAGAUAGCUGUCGAGGCUGCCAAGGGUCUUUCCUAUCUGCAUCAUGAUUGCUCUCCCCUCAUCCUCCAUCGUGACGUGAAGUCAAACAACAUUCUUCUGGACUCCAAUUUUGAAGCCCACGUUGCCGAUUUUGGCCUUGCCAAGUUCUUGCAAGAUUCUGGAACUUCUGAAUGCAUGUCUGCUGUUGCUGGUUCUUAUGGAUACAUAGCUCCAGAAUAUGCGUACACGCUUAGAGUUGACGAGAAGAGCGACGUGUACAGUUUUGGAGUGGUUCUGUUGGAACUAUUAUCGGGAAAAAAGCCGGUUGGGGAGUUUGGGGAUGGCGUUGACAUAGUCCAAUGGGUUAGGAGGAUGACUGAUGGAAUGAAGGAAUCAGUUGUCAAGAUCCUGGAUUCAAGACUUGAGACUGUCCCCAUUCAUGAGGCAAUGCACCUCUUCUAUGUUGCUCUUCUAUGCGUAGAAGAGCAUGCCAUGGAGCGCCCGAAAAUGCGGGAGGUCGUUCAAAUGCUGGCCGAGCUGCCCAAACUGCCCGAGAAUGACAGACGGGAAGACGAUGCAUCGGUGUCCCCGGAUGAUCUUCUCAGCUUAUAGAUUGAUUCCCUGCUCUGUAUGAAAUUUUCUGUUCAUGCCACUCUAUUGUAUUUUGCUCUCUCUCUCUCUCUCUAUAUGUUUGAUCGUGCCCCAAUUUCAAGUUUAGACUCUCCUCUACCAUGCAUUUCUAUGCUUUUAUUUAUCAGGUCAUAUAAUUUCUCCACACUUAUGGACUAGGUAUGUUUUUUUUUUGAUGGAUUUUGAAACAAGGCUCCCUUUGGAAAGAUGGAAAAUGACUUCUAGACAAUGAAUGGGUUUUGGAAAAUAAAUUUAUUCUCUGGUG